GUUCCGCAAGAAACACAACUAUCAUAGUCUAGUAUUCGUUUAAGGAGCCGACAGCGAGCACAAAAAAAAACGUCUAUUUUUCAAGGAGUUCACUCUUAAAGAUUAUAGAUCGCCGCAUCACUUAAGACUGGGCAAAAUGGAGACUGUAAACUGGAUGUAUCUGUUUGAUCCAGAGGGAAUGCUCAAACUUCUAGAACUGGCCCUUCUGUCCGCCGCAAUAGCCUGUGCAGCUCAGUACCACAAAGACGACGGCCUGUCAAACCUGUCUGAGUGGGAGUUUGAACGGGCAUCCCCGUUUUAUGUGGUGUUCGUUGUCGGACUUGCGGUCGUGUUUGUCGUGUUUGUCAGCUUUUUGUUUAACUUGAAUAAGAGGUGUGGAUCACCCAAGGGAUGGGCUCUGUUUGUGACGGGGUUCUCGCUGAUCUGGACUGUGUUCUGUGCUGUUACUUCAGGAUUUUUCAGUGAAGUUGUUUUCCAGCUACAAGAAGACAAUUGGGAUGACUCUACAGAUGAACGCAUUGAGUGGCGCUACCAACACGCUCAGGCGGCCGUGGUAUGAACUUUCUUUUUCCCCUAAUUUGCCGUUAUUCAAUUGCCAAACUGAUGCCGUCCUGUGUAAGGCUGGGGAAUUUCGAUAUGGCUUGGGAAACGUUCUUAAAAAUCUAUAUCCAUGAAUUGGACGUUCGCAAUUUUAGCAGCGGUUACCACGUUUUCUCUCCCAUAGAAAGAGAGAGAACUCUGGAAACAAGAUAAAGAGGCUGUUGGGAUAAACGUCAUGUUCAGUAUGCGAGUAGUCCAGCUGGCGUCGCGUGAAUACACAUAUGUGUUAUAAGACAUACAACUAGACGAACAGGCAAAGAAACUUUCUCAGACGGGAAAUAAUUGGACUACUUUAAAGAGAGUAUGUGUAGCUUGUUAACACACUUGACAGUUUGAAAUCGUUUGUUCGAUAGCAGGGUCGACAUUAGAGAGAGGAUUGGAGAGUUAAUUAAAUCCCCCAUAUAGGC